AUGACAAAUUUUAAAGAUGUCUUCUCGGCUAAGGCAAAAGAAAAUGAAGUUCUCGUCUCACAGAAUAAUGCUCUGUCAUUGGAAAAGAAUUCUUUAAUAAAAAGGGUCAAGAAAGUAGAAAGCUUAGUUGAAGCUACUAAACUGGCCCAAGAAAAAGUUGAAGCUGACCUUAAAGCGACCAUGGAGAAAACUGAGUUACUUGAGGUGAAGGUCAUCGACCUUCAACAGACAUGUGAUGACGUUGGUUAUGCCAAUUUCACUCGGUUCAAGAUUGUGUCUCCUAAAAGAUCCCACAUGGAUAUGGGACUUAAUUUCUAUCGUAUUCGUUUGGUGCCGCCCCACAUGAUUCUGGAUGGAGACAAAGUGGUUAUAUAA